UCGGGAUAAUUGUUAGACAAUUUAACACUAGAAGUAUGGAGGAUCCUGCGUUUCGCGCCAAGUAUCAAAAGUGCAAAUAUCGGUUGAAAAAAUGGGAAAAGGAGUUCAAGCAGAAGUACGGUCGUGUGCCUUCCAAGCUGGAUAUCCGCGAUUCGUCCAGUGAAAUCAGACACUCGUACAAGGUGUACUACCGGCUGAAGACCACGCUGCUAGAGGAUACGCUACUGGAUGCGCUCGAUGAGGACGAUGAUUUCGAUGGAUCGUUAAUGUCGCAAGAAUCAAGCUUUAGCCAGGAGCAGCUAAUGGAUGGUGUGCGGCCGCUCGCUAGCGGAACGAUCCGUAACGAUAGUGCUCUGGCUGGCCAGAGCUCGUCGAUGAGCAGACUGUUAACCGAACCGAUCGAAGAAUCGCAACAGAACCAGCACAAGGUGACUUUCGUAGCCGAGCAAGAAAUAGAACUGAAUCAAAAUGCGUGGCUCAACGAACGAAGCCGCCAGAAGCCCGUUGCCCAACCAAAGGAAAUGAAUUCACCUGCCGUAAAGCCACCCUCUCUGAAGCCACUGUCGAAACUGUUGGCCACGGCGUCCACCAUGGUUCCGAAGCGCAAUCCCCGGAAAUCAAUGUCCCGCAAUUCAUCUGGUGGCUCCUCCCAGGGAGCUGCUUCACAGGGCAAUGGUGCAAAGGUGGUGCUACCCGAUCUAGAGACGUUGCUCACUGCCAAAUCAAAAGAAUUGGACUGCUUGAAUCCUAAGCUGGAGGACAAACUGUUGCCCGUAACACGUGAACCGAUCAAUCAGCUUGACGAGCGAUGGUUAACUCGUCAAUCUGCGGGCAGCGGCAUUGUAGGAGAAGACACCGUAAUACCAGUGGUAGUUGGUGCCAAUCUCGUACGAUCGUCUAGCACCACCUCCAGCACUGGCGUCGCAUCGUAUGGCCUACGGAAUGUUAAUGUAGCAGCAUUAGCGUCCACUGGUAGCUUCGGUUUGUCUUCGCUGAGUGUGUUGGAUCGAACGGAAACUUCACCUUCAGUGGCCAACAGCAGCACGAUCACGGAUGGUGGACGAGUAAUGGCUCAAACAACGGCAUACGAUCGACCGGCCGCCGUUCAAUCCGAUUCCGACGGUGUGGUGGAGAAUUCGGAUGAAGAAAGCAUCAAAACAUCUCCGGGAAUGUUGCACGUGGCCAAGAAGAGGAAGAUUUUCACAGCCUUUAACCGGAGCCCUCAGCUACUGGAAGCUAGCAAGGUGCCUACUGUUCCGAACAUCAAGGAACUUCCAUCGACUCCAGUCGAUGUGGAAAACAAAGAUCCAAUGGCAGGUGUCCAACAACAGUUACCAAAGGAAGAGGAAGCUAAGAUCGUGGAACCGAAGAAACGAGUCAAAAAAACAGUAUCGAAGCCGAAAACAGCACGCUCGACGGCGAAAAAGACAGUGGCAAGGCUGAAAUCGCUCCCACAAAGGACGCGAUCGGUUCGCGCUACGCGUAAAACGACAAACUACCGUGAUCCACCGACCGGUGAUGGCGUAGAACCGGCGAGCCCUGACGGUGGCGGUGACUUUUCAGCAGAUGACGAAGAUAGGGAUCCAAAUUUCGCACUAAAGGGAUCACCAUCAGCCAGGGGCAUGAGCGACGAGUCGCACGAUGGUGAUCAUGCGCUGGCAGCGGAAGAUAAUGGUACCACACCGAAGCGCAAAUCACGUAGCACCACUCGUGCGGCACCGAGAAGAACCACGACGAAACGUGCCCCGAGGAAGGUAAAGAAAGGAUCUCCGAUAUCGCCCCGGCUUAGUCCCGGUGGUUCAUCGUCGAAAGCUGCCUCUUCGAAGGCGAAGCGUAAAACGAAAAAGCUGCCGGCGGUGGCUAAUGAGGUGGCGCCCCCGGAGGGCGAUGGUGAUGAACCGGACGAGUAUGUCCCGGAGUAUGGACUGGAUCGAUUGAAGAGUGUCCCACGGGUCGAUAUUCGUGAGCUGAUGCGCGAUACACAGCUGGCCCAAAGUUUCAUUCAAGGUACGACCGGAGCGGUCGAUACUGCAGACGGAGGAUCGGGUCGACCGGCGUCCAGCAAGGAAUCGGCGAUGCGCAAGAAGAUGGCUGCCGGGAAGCUGAAUGAAAACUUUGUUCGCAUCGACCUACGCAAGAAGGUGUUUGUAAAGGGCAAGAAAACGAUUAACUACAGCCGCUACAAAAAGUCCCAGUGGAAGGCGAAGAAGGUGGCCGCCCUUGCCGGACCGGACAUGGACAUGGGUGGGUGCGAUGGAGGCAUUUUAACGUGCUUUCUUUGUGGCGGCGUCGGUCACAUGGCACGGCAGUGUCGGAACGUGCGCGAGGAUAAGCUGCUACCACUCGGUGCGGAGGUAGAGGAAGAAUCCUCCUUCCCUACGCUCGAGGAAGCGGCAGCGAUGGCCAAUGCCAAAACGGCCGUAGUGCACUCGAAUCGCAUGGAAAACUUGCCACCAGUGGCCAAUCCAACGUGGAAACAAUCGCAGGAGAGUGAGCAAACGCUACCGGAUGAAAUGGAAAGCGAACUGGAUGUCCAUGGAUCGGAUUGCAAAGAAGAAAUGGCCGAGAAUGCAGAGGAGGACCGACAAGCAGCACCUCAAACUUUAUCGCCGCCGAGAAAACCCCAGUCCGCUGCGUACAUUGGUCAUGUGAUUCCGGAAGAUUUUCUUAAAAAAUCUGGUCUCCUGGAGGUAACGGUGACCGGUGCCGGUGCAAAAGGUACCAUUGAACCACUCUAUUCCCUUCAAUCGGACGGUUCACUACCACCGACACCACCGGAAGUGUACGAUGCGCUACACAUGUUCGGACACAAAUCGUUCCGACAUGGGCAGGAGCAAGCCGUCAUGCGUGUGCUGUGUGGAAUGUCCACCCUCGUUACGCUUAGUACCGGUGCCGGUAAGUCGCUUUGUUAUCAGCUGCCGGCGUAUCUGUACCGGAAGCAGCGGAACUGCAUUACUCUCGUGAUAUCACCGCUCGUGUCACUGAUGGAAGAUCAGGUCCAUGGAGUGCCGGACUUUCUCAAUGCGCAGUGUUUGCACAAGAACCAAACACCCAAGCUACGUGAUCGUGUGAUGGCGGCGAUCGUUGCCGGUGAGCUGGAUGUAUUACUUGUAUCCCCGGAAGCGGUGGUGGCCGGUGAGAAGUCUACCGGGUUUGGAUCGCUACUACGUCAACUACCACCGAUUGCGUUCGCUUGUAUUGACGAGGCACAUUGCGUGUCUCAGUGGAGCCACAAUUUCCGCCCUAGUUAUCUGAUGAUCUGCAAGGUACUAAAAGAGAAACUGGGUGUUAAGACGAUCCUGGGACUGACGGCAACGGCCACGGUGCAAACCCGGCAAAGCAUCGUAAAGCAUCUUGCUAUCUCAGAUGGUCUGAGUGGCAUCAUCAGUGACAUCCCGCUCCCGGACAACCUAUUGCUGACCAUUUCUCGUGAUGAAAAUCGGGACAUAGCGUUGGUCGAGUUGCUGCUGUCGGAGCGUUUUGCACCCCUCGAAUCGAUCAUCGUGUACUGUACGCGUCGUGAUGAUUGCGAACGGAUCGCCACAUUCAUACGCACCUGUUUCCAAGAUGCAGCACGGUCACGAGCGGAGGCACAGGAGAAGGCUGGUAGCAAUAAGCGUCGCCGGCUAAACUACGUGGCCGAACCGUAUCAUGCCGGUAUGCCAGCGUCGCGUCGUCGUACGAUCCAGAACGCGUUCAUGGGCGGUGAGCUGCGCAUCGUCGUCGCUACGAUCGCCUUCGGUAUGGGCAUCAAUAAGGCGGACAUCCGUGCGAUCGUGCACUACAAUAUGCCGAAAAACUUUGAAAGCUACGUACAGGAGGUGGGCCGUGCGGGUCGUGAUGGUUUACUGUCGCACUGCCACCUGUUUCUCGAUAGUCGUGGCAACGAUCGGAAUGAGCUGCGCCGGUUUAUCUACGCGAACUCGAUCGAUCGGCAUGUGGUACGGAAGUUAUUGCAGAAGAUCUUUGUGCCGUGUGCGUGCACGAAAAUCUUCAGCAAUCGUGAGUUGGCCGAUGAGUUGCGGCAGGAAAUUGAGGCAGCAAAUGGGAUGGAUUGGGAUGCAGCCUUUGAUGAAGAGGAAGUAACGGAAAAGGCAGGAAUGCAAGCGCUGGUGGCGCCGAAACGUAAGCGAAGAUUGUGCCCAGGACACGAGAUUUGCUUCUCGAUCGAAUCGACGAUACAGCAGCUGGAUAUUCCGGAGGAAAACAUAGCUACGUUCCUGUGCUAUCUGGAGCUCGAUGAACAGCGUUACAUACAGGCCCUCAGCCCGGCGUACAUUCGGUGCAAGGUGAUGUCCUAUGCUGGACCGCGUGCACUUCGUCAGGCGGCCAAAGAAUGUGCACCGUUGGCAAUGGCUUUCGCGCUUGACUUGAAGCGUGGCCUUUCCCACGCAACCUCCACUAUGAUCGAGUUUCCCGUCAUCGAUGUGGCGUCCGCCAUUGGCUGGGACAGUGGGGUGGUGAAGUAUCAGCUGAAGAAUCUCGAAUGGACCAGCGAGGGAGGUACACGCAAACGGUCUGCCCUGUCGGUCAGUUUCUUCGAUCUAGGAUUUCGUGUUCGUGCUCCCGGUGAUCUAACGGAUGAGGAGCUUGAUCAUACGCUCGACACGCUGUACGGGCGUGUAACGCAUCAGGAACGGACACAGUUAGCACAGCUCCAGUACAUAUCCGAUGCACUGAACGCGGUAUGCUUCAAAAGCAUUCAUCCGAUCAAGGCAGCCAACUGUCCCACGGGACCAUCCGAUAAACUGAAGGCGAUCAUACGAGAGUACUUCGUGACUGACAUAAGCAAGGAGGACAUUGAAAUAGUACCGGAGCCUGAUGAUACAACGGAUGAGCAACUAGUGACGGAUAUCCGUACGAUGAUAUGCCGUUAUCCGGAGAAUAACUUCAGUGGUCGUGCGAUUGCACGCAUCUUUCAUGGCGUACAGAGUCCGAAUUACUCGGCAAUUACCUGGUCCAGGUCCAACUUUUGGCGUGGAUACACAAAGACGGACUUUAAUCGAAUCGUACGGCUGGCCAAUGCGGAGAUUGUGCGUAUGAAGACGUGAGCAGUACGUUUGCUCGCACGAAUAUUCUAGGCGCUGUUUGUUAAUGUGUUUGUUGCGAAUUGAUUCAAAUGAAAUAACAAUGUUACGAGCGUUCCUGUACGCUCUUAUGUGAUGUGACCGGUGCCUCCGUUAUUGGUGAGCAGGAUCUCGUUCAGUUUCGGUAGAUCUUAUCUAUUGGUGACCAUUUAAGCACGACCUAGUGUUCCCCGGUAUCUACAUCUAACGAAGCAUAUGAAUUCAGGUAGCUAAAUUGGCCCAUUUAUUGAGUUUCUAGUUAUGUUUUAUGUUAGAUAUAGAAUAUUGUCAACCAUCAGUGAAAUGAAAAAUAUUACGAAAAUACUAUCGCAAAAGGGCAACAUUUA